AUGGCGUUAACACCAAAACCACCAUUAUCAAUUACAACCUUAGCAAACCUCACCAUCCUCUCUCUCCUGUUCUUCUCUGGCCCUUCGCACUCGACACAACCCCUCGAUAAAACCCAAGAGCAAAGGUUCGUGGAUUGCUUUGGAGAUCUGAUACAUGACCCCCUGCUCAACUUCACUAUACUCCACGCCCUUGGCACCCCCUCAUACGAAGAAUACUUCAAAGCUCCCAUAAAAAACUUGCGUUUCAUCAACUCCACUUCGAACAAGCCAUCAUUCAUCAUGACACCCACGAGCUUGCAGCAAAUUUCAAACGCCUUUGUUUGCGCCAGAAAUGCUAGCUUUCACAUUCGUGCACGCAGCGGGGGCCACGACUAUGAAGGCCUAUCCUAUAUCUCACAAAGCUCGAACCCCUACAUUCUGAUUGAUUUGAACAGCAGUAGCAUUGUGAUAGACAUAGAGAAAGGCAAUGCAAUGGUCCAAUCAGGCGCGACCAUUGGCGAGCUCUACUAUGAGAUUGCUCAGAAGAGCAACACCACUGCCUUUCCAGCUGGAAUUUGCCCGACGAUUGGUGUUGGAGGACACUUCAUCGGUGGAGGUAUCGGUGCACUGAUGAGGAAGUAUGGAGUCUCUGCUGAUAACAUUGAGGAUGUUAGGGUGGUUAGGCCUGAUGGUGCUCUCGUUGGCAGAAUCAAUAUGGGGGAAGAUCAUUUCUGGGCUAUAAGAGGGGGAGGAUCAAACUUUGGCAUCAUCACAGCUUUCCAGAUUAGAUUGGUAAGUGUACCUCCAAUAGUGACCACCUUUGCAAUUACCAAGACUCUAGAGCAGGGAGCAGCCAGACUCGUGGAGAGAUGGCAGCAUGUCGCGCCAAAGCUUGAUGACGAUGCUUUCAUUAGGAUUAUUGCAUUGGCUGCGGAUGACAAGGAAUCAAACGAGAAGCGCACAAUUAACGCCACGUUCCAGUGCUUGUUUCUCGGUGGUGCGAGCAAGCUUGUAGCUAUAAUGGAUGAGAAGUUCCCUGAGCUAGGAGUCAAGCCUGAGGAUUGCGAAGAGAUGAGUUGGAUACAAUCUGUUCUUGACUUUGCAGGAUAUGGCAAGAACGCGUCCCUGGAGAUCUUGAAGUCAAGGAAGCCACAGUUCGAGGGAUCAUACAAGGGGAAAUCGGAUUUUGUGAAGGAACCAAUAUCGGAGAAAGGAUGGAAUGAGAUAUGGAGGUUUAUGAUGGAAGGGAAGGAUGAGCCAGUGGUGAUGAUAAUGGAUCCUUGGGGUGGAAAGUUGGAUGAAAUAGAUGAAGGUGAUAUUGCAUUUCCCCAUAGGAAAGGGAAUUUGUAUAACAUACAAUAUUUUAUGAGAUGGCCUGAGAAGGAUGAGCAGGUUGCUAAAAGGCACUUGGAUUGGAUGAGGAAAUUCUAUGAACUCAUGACCCCUUAUGUUUCUAAGAGUCCUAGAGCUGCUUAUCUCAACUACAAGGAUUUGGACUUGGGCUGGAAUAAAGAGACGUCGACAAACUACUCCGACGCUAGCGUUUGGGGAGAGAAGUACUUUCUGAAUAACUACAAGAAAUUGGCCUAUGUGAAGGGAAAAGUUGAUCCUUAUAGCAUAAUGUGGGAUGAGCAGAGCAUUCAUCCUCUCCUUUGA